GGCGGGAGCGGCGGCGCGCUCGGCGGGGGAAGCAGGCCCCGCUAGACGGGCCACUCCGACGGGGGCGGCCGCCAGCCGCGGGCUCCGCAAACUCGCGGGCCGGGUGCACCCCCCACUGCGCCCGCCGCCGAGGGCAGGGCCGGCCCGGAGCGCGGGGGGCGGCCGCCCCGGGGCGCGGGCCGGGGUUGCCCGCCGGGCUCACAGCGCCAGGACGGGGACGGCCGGACGCAGCCCCAGGUCCCGCCGCCCGUCGCCUUUGACGCAUCGGAGCGCCGUUUUCUGCAGGAUGAAGGGCUUCUCGCCGCCGGCAGAGUUGUUUUUGCGCAAGCGGGUCGCCGUGCUAAGAGCGCUCAAGGUCUGAACUUCCCUCCAGAGCCGCAGUUGGAGAAGGCGAGCGUGCGAGGAGCAGCAGCCGCGCCGAGCGGAGGCCACUCUCGGAGCGAGCGGCGCGCCUCCCGGCCAAAGGCGGCCACGAUCUCGGGACCCCAGGUGUUCUAGGUACUGGCGAGGCGACCCCGGCCGGGAAAGGCGCGGGCGCUCGGCAACAUGGCUUCCCCGCCCCACCAGCAACUGCUGCACCACCACAGCACCGAAGUGAGCUGUGACUCCAGCGGAGACAGCAACAGCGUGCGGGUCAAGAUCAACCCCAAGCAGCUGUCCUCCAGCCACCCCAAGCAUUGCAAGUACAGCAUCUCCUCCAGCUGUAGCAGCUCCGGGGACUCCGGGGGCGUCCCCCGGAGAGUGGGCGGCGGAGGCCGCCUGCGCAGGCAGAAGAAGCUGCCCCAGCUGUUCGAGAGGGCCUCCAGCCGGUGGUGGGACCCCAAGUUCGACUCGGUGAACCUGGAGGAGGCCUGCCUGGAGCGCUGCUUCCCGCAGACCCAGCGCCGGUUCCGGUACGCGCUCUUCUACAUCGGCUUCGCCUGCCUUCUCUGGAGCAUCUAUUUUGCUGUGCACAUGAGAUCCAAACUGAUUGUCAUGGUAGCCCCUGCACUGUGCUUCCUCGUGGUAUGUGUGGGCUUUUUUCUGUUUACCUUCACCAAGCUGUACGCUCGGCAUUAUGCGUGGACCUCGCUGGCUCUCACCCUGCUGGUGUUCUCCCUGACCCUGGCUGCGCAGUUUCAGGUUUUGACGCCUCUCUCAGGACGUGUUGACAGCUCCAAUCAUACUCGCACAGCCAAGUCCACAGACACUUGCUUAUCUCAAGUGGGGAGCUUUUCCAUGUGCAUUGAAGUGCUCUUUUUGCUCUACACCGUCAUGCACUUACCUUUGUACUUGAGCUUGUUUUUGGGGGUGGCCUAUUCUGUUCUUUUUGAGACCUUCGGCUAUCAUUUCCGAGACGAAGACUGCUUCCCCUUGCCGGCAGCCGGGGCCCUGCACUGGGAGCUGCUGAGCAGGGCCCUGCUCCACGGCUGCGUCCACGCCAUUGGGAUCCACCUAUUCAUCAUGUCUCAGGUGAGGUCCAGGAGCACCUUCCUCAAGGUGGGACAGUCAAUUAUGCACGGGAAAGAUCUGGAAGUGGAAAAAGCCCUCAAAGAGAGGAUGAUUCAUUCUGUGAUGCCAAGAAUCAUAGCUGAUGACUUGAUGAGACAGGGGGAUGAGGAGAGCGAGAAUUCUGCCAAGAGGCAUGCUACGUCCAGCCCCAAGAACAGGAAGAAAAAGUCUUCCAUACAGAAAGCUCCUAUAGCAUUCCGCCCUUUUAAGAUGCAGCAGAUUGAAGAAGUCAGUAUUUUAUUUGCAGAUAUUGUGGGCUUCACCAAGAUGAGCGCCAACAAGUCUGCUCACGCCCUGGUGGGUCUCCUGAACGAUCUGUUUGGUCGCUUUGACCGGUUGUGUGAGGAGACCAAGUGUGAGAAAAUCAGCACUCUGGGAGACUGUUACUAUUGUGUGGCAGGGUGUCCUGAGCCCCGGGCAGACCAUGCCUACUGCUGCAUUGAAAUGGGCUUGGGCAUGAUAAAGGCCAUUGAGCAGUUCUGCCAGGAGAAGAAAGAAAUGGUGAACAUGCGCGUUGGGGUUCACACGGGGACCGUGUUGUGUGGCAUCUUGGGCAUGAGGAGGUUUAAAUUCGAUGUAUGGUCCAAUGAUGUGAACUUGGCCAACCUCAUGGAGCAGCUGGGAGUGGCCGGUAAGGUUCACAUUUCUGAGGCCACUGCAAAAUACUUAGAUGACCGGUACGAAAUGGAAGAUGGGAAAGUUAUUGAACGCCUUGGCCAGAGCGUGGUUGCUGACCAGUUGAAAGGUUUGAAGACAUACCUGAUAUCGGGUCAGAGAGCCAAGGAGUCUCGCUGCAGCUGUGCAGAGGCCUUGCUUUCUGGCUUUGAGGUCAUUGACGGCUCACAGGUGUCCUCAGGCCCUAGGGGACAGGGGACAGCAUCGUCAGGGAGUGCCAGUGACCUGGCGCAGACUGUCAGAACCUUUGAUAACCUUAAGACCUGCCUUUCAUGUGGAAUCACGUUUGCUCCCAAAUCUGAAGCUGGUGCAGAAGGAGGAGCCGUCCAAAAUGGCUGUCAAGAUGAGCAUAAAAACAGCACCAAGGCUUCUGGAGGACCUAGUUCUAAAACUCAAAAUGGACUUCUGAGCCCUCCCCAAGAGGAGAAGCUCACCAACAGUCAGACCUCUCUGUGUGAGAUCUUACAGGAAAAGGGAAGGUGGACAGGGGUGAGCUUGGACCAGUCAGCUCUCCUUCCACUGAGAUUCAAGAACAUCCGGGAGAAAACCGACGCCCAUUUUGUGGAUGUCAUCAAAGAAGACAGCCUGAUGAAAGAUUAUUUUUUUAAGCCGCCCAUUAAUCAAUUCAGCCUGAACUUCCUGGAUCAGGAGCUGGAGCGAUCCUACAGGACUAGCUAUCAAGAGGAGGUGAUAAAGAAUUCCCCCGUGAAGACUUUUGCCAGUGCCACCUUCAGCUCCCUUCUGGAUGUGUUCUUGUCGACAACAGUGUUUCUCAUUCUCUCCAUCACCUGCUUCCUGAAGUACGGGGCAGCCACCACGCCUCCCCCGCCUGCCGCCCUAGCGGUCUUCGGGGCAGCCCUGCUGCUGGAGGUGCUGUCCCUCGUGGUGUCCGUCAGGAUGGUGUUUUUCCUGGAGGACGUCAUGGCUUGCACGAAGCGCCUGCUGGAGUGGAUCGCUGGCUGGCUUCCACGCCACUGCAUUGGGGCCAUCCUGGUGUCGCUGCCAGCACUUGCCGUCUACUCGCAUGUCACCUCCGAGUUUGAGACAAACAUACACUUCCCCGUGUUCACUGGCUCGGCCACGCUGAUCGCCGUGGUGCACUACUGUAACUUCUGCCAGCUCAGCUCCUGGAUGAGGUCCUCCCUUGCCACUGUCGUCGGGGCUGGGCCACUGCUUCUGCUCUAUGUCUCUCUGUGCCCAGACAGUUCCAUAGUAACUUCACCCCUUGAUGCAGUACAGAAUUUCAGCUCCGAGAGGAAUCCAUGCAAUAGCUCGUUGCCACAUGACCUCAGGAGGCCAGCCAGCCUGAUCGGCCAGGAGGUGAUUCUUGUCUUCUUCCUCCUGCUCUUGUUGGUCUGGUUCCUGAACCGAGAAUUCGAAGUCAGCUACCGCCUGCACUACCACGGGGAUGUGGAAGCGGAUCUUCACCGCACCAAGAUCCAGAGCAUGAGGGACCAGGCCGACUGGCUGCUGCGGAAUAUCAUCCCCUACCACGUGGCCGAGCAGCUGAAGGUGUCCCAGACCUAUUCCAAGAACCAUGACAGCGGAGGCGUGAUCUUUGCCAGCAUUGUCAACUUUGGUGAGUUCUACGAGGAAAACUACGAAGGAGGCAAGGAGUGCUACCGGGUGCUCAACGAGCUCAUCGGGGACUUCGACGAGCUCCUGAGCAAGCCAGACUACAGCAGCGUCGAAAAGAUCAAGACCAUUGGGGCCACGUACAUGGCGGCAUCGGGGCUGAACACCGCCCAGGCCCAGGAUGGCAGCCACCCACAGGAGCACCUGCAGAUCCUAUUCGAGUUCGCCAAGGAGAUGAUGCGUGUGGUCGACGACUUCAACAAUAACAUGCUAUGGUUCAACUUUAAGCUCAGAGUCGGCUUUAACCAUGGGCCCCUCACGGCUGGGGUCAUUGGCACCACCAAGCUGCUGUACGACAUCUGGGGGGACACCGUCAACAUCGCCAGCAGGAUGGACACCACUGGCGUUGAGUGCCGCAUCCAGGUGAGUGAGGAGAGCUACCGUGUCUUGAGUAAGAUGGGCUACGACUUUGACUACAGGGGGACAGUGAAUGUCAAGGGGAAGGGCCAGAUGAAGACCUACCUUUACCCAAAGUGCACAGACAACGGGGUCGUGCCACAGCACCAGCUGUCCAUCUCCCCAGACAUCCGCGUCCAGGUGGAUGGCAGCAUUGGACGGUCUCCCACGGACGAGAUUGCCAACCUGGUGCCUUCUGUCCAGUAUCCGGACAAGACGUCUCUGGGCUCUGAUAACAGCACGCAGGCCAAGGACACUCACCUGUCCUCCAAGAGACCCUGGAAGGAGCCCAUCAAAGCCGAAGAAAAGUUUCGGUUUGGCCAAGCCAUAGAGAAAAACGACUGUGAAGAAAUGGGAAUAGAAGAAGCCAAUGAACUCACCAAGCUCAACGUUUCAAAGAGUGUGUGAGGCAGCACCUGCAAGCUGCCCGAGGUGCUCUGUUCAUCGAAACACAAUAUUUGUAUUUGGCUGUCGUGCUUUCUAAGCGCCACAGUCUCCGUCCCUGGACGUGGUGUUAUGUGGUCAUUUCAGCCCUAACUUCUGUGUGGAUCACAGUUAUUCAGGGUUCAUUUUCAUCCAUUUCUUUCCCUUUGCUCCCUUUCCUGCACUCUCCCCCUUGGGGUAUCCGCUCAGCAUGUGGAGGAGAACAAGUGCCUUCAGGGCUUGGCCUUGGCCUUGGCCUAGAGUCUAGGGACAGAGGCCACAGUGGAAAUCAUGGCUUUGGGUGUUAUUUGACAUUUAAAACAAAAGCUGUGGUUAAGAUAUCAUUUUCAUUACUUUUUCUCACGAGACACUUUUUUUUUAGGGGGGUGGCUAAUGCAAUGUUUUUAUUUUUUUUUCUGUGUCCAUAAUAGUGUUUCCCAGUUACCUGACCUUUCUACGUACGCACAUACACGCACAUACUUGCAUUUCUGAAUCUGAUAUAAAGUGCCAGUAAUUCACCGAGAGGGGAUGUGAGAGGGGAGCGUGGGUACCUGCGCCUUCCCGGGCACCUGGGCCUUCGCAGGCUGUGGGUGCACUGAGCUCCCUACACCGAAGGGCUUCGGAGCUUCCGCCACAUGCAGGCCAAGACUCCAGAUGCUCACCGGGCACAAAGCCUGUGCACCCAGGCCUCAGGUAUCUCAAAGCCGUUCAUCCUGACCCUCCGCCCAGGGGUCUGCAAGUCAGGGGUGAGGGUGUUUGUCUUGGAAGCUGACACGUCUGAGGGAGAAACUCCAAAUAAAUGUCAGAGGGUCGCCUUUAUUUAUUUAUUUAUUUAUCAGGCAGUGUGUGUUUGGCAAGGGGUCCUUGGUUUUUGGGUAGAGGGAAAUAGCCUGUGGGGGGUCAGUUCACAGGAUGAUGACAAGAUAUCCCUUAGUGUUUCGGCCACCUGGGGCCACCUGCCCCUGGGAGGGGACAAGCGAGAUCCGGAGCCACAUCCAUUGCAGUUCUAGGGCUGGGGAAAGCUCUCCAGCUGCCCCUGCCGUCUCCGGGGCUGCUCCCUGUGGAGCUCUGGUCGGAAACCUGGCUGGGCAGGCAGCGCCAGCACGUCCUGGCUUCCACAGAUUCGGGAAGUUUCUCCCUUCUCUCCCACUCUCGGACUGCACAGGGCCUAUUCGUGGCAGGAUUUAGUCGUGUGCGCUAAUCCCAGCCUCUUGAGGUGGUGUCCUUACACUGUACUUAGGGACAGAGUCAUCUGUGUGCAAAUGAGGUGUGCAGCCAGGAGGAGGUAGGGAAAACCUGAGAGGAAAAUUGUUUCUAAGCUUUUGGUUUUUGAUCCUGUUUGCAAUUAUGCUUUGCCAUGUUAAGUCUGAAGUUUAUGUCAAAGUGAACUCAGGCCAGAGUUGCCCGGGUGCCGUCAUCAUUAUUCUUCUAGGUGACACUGGUGUACACAGCUCACGGGACAUCGGAGAUGAGCUCCUGGUCUGUUGGUCUUUCCUGGCAUGCCCUGUGUGUCUGCUUGUCACUGGUAAAUCUCACUAAUUCUCACAUCUGCAUCAAGUCCCAGCAUCACUCCUCCCUCCCGAAAGACGUACAGACCUGCCAUUUCCAGCGUAAUGAAAUAGUGAUUCUGAUCCACCCCCCUCCAGGGGAUGUGCCUGGGACAGCCGCCCUGCAGUGCAGCCGGAGCCAGGUCCCGACGUCCGGGGAUUGAGAGCAUUCUCAGUAACUUUUAGAUUUUCCUCCAGGUUUUACUGUCAGUUCGUUGGUCUUCCAAUACCGAAGAAAGGAUGGCUGUGAUAAUACCUCUUGCUUCUAAAGAAUGUAUUCUUAUAAAACACCACAGAUUUUUUUUCUUAAAAAAAAAACGAAACACUACCUGAUGCUUUCCUUGUUUUUGUAUGUAGGGAUUGUGGGCUCAUUAGGAUUUUUCUGCCAUCAGUAUUAAGGUGUGUAUUUGAAUGUCCUCUCCUUUGCCUACCACCUCCAGGCUGCUUAGCUUUGAGGGGCUGGGUGGUUGCUGAUGUCUUUGCUGUCGUGCUCAAAAUGCACUCUACAAAGUUCAUCUCUGCACACACUCUUCCCCGUCAAACUCUUUUCCAUCCCCUACCACAAAGGUGUCUGUGAUUCCUCACCCUGGGAACCCAAGGAGCUGCAAAACUGAAGUCUGGUUCAGCAUUGUGCGAGUAGGAGCCUCUGACAAAGGGCAGCUCACCCAGAGUUUAAAUUUGUCUUUAAAAAACACCCUGAGCCUUCUUAAAUAACCAGUACAGAUGUUCUCUCUGGGCCAUGAAGCCCGUCAGGUCCUUCCACUUCCCUGCUCCGAAGCGCAUACCUCAGUGCAGAACCACAGAAUUUCUCCGGCAGAAAAGUCGUGCGUCUCAAUCUGUUGGCACUGAACAAAUAGUUGCUAGAGACACACAGGUUCCUAAGCAGUGGGCUCAAGUGCUAUCGACAGGAUGGAUAGUUCUUCAGGGUGGCAAUACCUCUUAGGAACUUAGGGCAGGAAGCAAUACUUCAGAACUGAAUGUGUGUAAAUAGUUGCUUCGAGUUGCAGUUGCUGUUUUCUUCCCAGCCCCAGCUCAGAUCGAAUGAUACAUAUAUACGGUAAAUAAGCACACAUAAUUUUAUCCAAUGCAAACAAAUGUAGAGCAUCAGUUAUGAAGAAACCCUUAAGUAGCUUGAGGGUCCCACAGAUUGUGCCACACCUGCGCAUGACUCCAUCAACACUGACUUCCCUCGUGGGGACUACACCUGCACAUUUGCACAUGACACGGAGAGCCAAAGGGCCGCGUGCUUCUCGUUACUUGGGCUGUAAUCAUUUGUAGUUUCCAAAGAUACGUCUGCAUUUGAAUUUCUAGAUUCUCAAGGUUAAGCGUUUUUUGAUUGGUGGUUUCAAAAAUCAUACUAUGCCUAGAAUCUGAAAUUAACCAACUGUUUGCAUUUUCCGUAUUUCCUUUGAUCUGCUCUUUUUAAAUUGUUAAUUCUAAUAAUUUCAAAAUGCAUUCACUGAAGAAAUGGACAUUAAAAUACUCUAAAAUCUAAA